AGAGCUGAUAAUAGCGUUCAGCUUGUCCGUGUGGAAUGGCAGAGCCAGAAGAAUGUCUUCCAAGCAGGCCACCUCUCCAUUUGCAGCUGAUGGAGAGGAAGCAAUGACCCAGGACUUAGCAUCACAAGAACAGGAAGAAGGCAACAAUGAAGAGCUUGCGGCUUCCCAUCUGCCUCUGCACACCAUAUUGCACAACAAACCUCACUCUGAGGAGCUACCGACUCUAGUCAACACAAUUCAACAAGACGCUGACUGGAACAGUGUUAUCUCAACUCAGCAUAGAAUGGAAUCAGAGAGUAAUAAGUUAUGUUCCUUAUAUUCCUUCCGAAAUACUUCUACCUCACCACAUAAGCCUGAAGAAGGAGGUCGUGACCGCUGCGAGCUAAUGACCAGUGUUAAUUUCGGAACUCCAGAACGCCGCAAAGGAAGCCUUGCCGAUGUGGUGGACACACUGAAGCAGAAGAAACUAGAGGAAAUGACCAGAACUGAACAAGAGGAUACAUCUUGUAUGGAGAAGUUGCUUUCUAAAGACUGGAAGGAGAAAAUGGAAAGAUUAAACACAAGCGAACUCCUUGGAGAAAUUAAAGGUACACCUGAAAGCUUAGCAGAAAAAGAACGACAGCUUUCUACCAUGAUCACCCAGCUCAUAAGUUUACGGGAGCAGCUUUUGGCUGCCCAUGAUGAACAGAAAAAGCUGGCGGCAUCACAAAUUGAAAAGCAACGGCAGCAAAUGGACCUUGCUCGCCAACAGCAAGAACAGAUUGCAAGACAACAGCAGCAACUUUUGCAACAGCAGCACAAAAUCAAUCUCCUUCAGCAGCAAAUUCAGCAGGUUCAGGGUCACAUGCCUCCGCUCAUGAUCCCAAUUUUUCCACACGACCAGCGGACACUGGCAGCGGCUGCUGCAGCUCAGCAGGGAUUCCUCUUUCCCCCAGGAAUAACUUACAAGCCAGGUGAUAACUAUCCUGUGCAGUUCAUUCCGUCAACAAUGGCAGCAGCUGCUGCUGCUUCUGGACUCAGCCCUUUACAGCUCCAGCAACUCUAUGCUGCUCAGUUGGCCAGCAUGCAGGUUUCGCCUGGAGCCAAGAUGCCCUCCACCCCUCAGCCACCAAACACAACAGGGACACUCUCGCCUACUGGGAUGAAAAAUGAAAAGAGAGGGACCAGCCCUAUAACUCAAAUUAAGGAUGAUGCCACACAGCCUUUGAAUCUCUCUGCCAGACCCAAGACAGCGGAACCUGUCAAAUCCCCAACAUCACCUACCCAGAGCCUUUUCCCUACAAGUAAAACCAGCCCCGUGAACGUGGCCAAUAAAAGUGGAAUCCCCAGCCCCAUUGGCACAACUCUCGGAAGAGGAUCUUCUCUAGACAUCCUUUCCAGUCUUAACUCGCCUGCCCUGUUUGGGGACCAGGACACAGUAAUGAAAGCCAUUCAGGAGGCUCGAAAGAUGAGAGAACAGAUCCAGAGGGAGCAGCAGCAGCAACAACCACAUGGUAUGGAUGGAAAACUUCCCUCCAUGAAUAACAUGGGUCUAAACAACUGUCGGACUGAAAAGGAAAGAACACGCUUUGAGAAUUUAGGCCCACAGCUAUCAGGGAAGCCAAGUGAAGAUGGAAAACUAGGCCCAGGAGUCAUUGAUCUUACAAGGCCGGAAGAUGCAGAGGGAAGUAAAGCAAUGAAUGGCUCUGCAGCUAAACUACAGCAGUAUUAUUGUUGGCCAACAGGAGGCGCCACAGUGGCUGAAGCUCGAGUCUACAGGGAUGCCCGAGGCCGAAGUAGCAGUGAGCCGCAUAUCAAACGACCAAUGAAUGCUUUCAUGGUUUGGGCAAAGGACGAACGCAGGAAAAUUCUUCAAGCUUUUCCUGACAUGCACAACUCCAAUAUUAGCAAAAUCCUUGGCUCCCGCUGGAAAUCCAUGUCAAACCAAGAGAAACAACCUUAUUAUGAAGAGCAAGCCCGACUAAGUAAAAUUCACCUAGAGAAAUACCCUAAUUACAAAUAUAAACCUCGACCAAAACGCACCUGCAUUGUCGAUGGAAAGAAACUACGUAUUGGAGAAUACAAACAGCUCAUGAGAUCUCGAAGGCAAGAGAUGAGACAAUUUUUUACUGUAGGGCAACAGCCUCAGAUUCCAAUCACCACAGGCACAGGUGUGGUCUAUCCCGGUGCUAUUACUAUGGCAACAACCACGCCAUCGCCACAGAUGACAUCUGAUUGCUCCAGCACUUCUGCGAGCCCUGAGCCUAGCAUCCCUGUCAUUCAGAGCACUUAUGGCAUGAAGACAGACAGCGGGAGCCUGGCUGGCAACGACAUGAUAAAUGGGGAGGACGAGAUGGAAAUGUAUGAGGACUUUGAGGAUGACCCCAAAUCAGACUAUAGCAGUGAGAAUGAAGCCCACGAGGCAGUCACUGCCAACUGAGGAUGUUAGCUGGAUUAAAGUACUCUGACUUUUUGUUUUUGUUUUGUUUGUUUUGAACAAAAAGUUCUUAAGUGAGCCUGCAUGCAUGUGUGGCUCCAACAGUUACAUCUGCAGAAUGGUCUUAAAUGUUUCUUAAUGUGUGACACAGAUUGUUCCCUAAUUUUCAUGAACUUUUUUUUUAAUUUAGGUGAAGACAUUAAGUAUCAGACAUUGGGACUUGAAAACUUAUAUGAAUCAGCUCUCUUACAAGUCUUACCUUUUUUUUUUGGUCUUUUUGUUUUUCUUCUCCUGGAUACUGAUAAAAAAAGGUUUAAGUUACUGUUUUAAAUGGGGGUUUUACAUUCUCACUCAGGUAUGCUGUGCCAGCCUACAGGUUGUGAAUGUGUUUUUAUUCUGAAUUACUUUAGAAAACAAAAACAAACAAAAAAAUCUGAAAUUUUCCUAUUAUGAAACAGAACAAGUCAUAUAUGUGUCUUAGUCCAUCUUUUUUAAACAAGAUCUCUAAAUUCCAUUUUUUCCCUUUCUCUCCACAUGUUUAUUUGAUCUUCUGAUGUGCCAAACUUACAGAACUUUUGAAUCUUAACAUUUUGAAAAGUCUUAAGAGAGACACUGUAAAGUCUUAGACAAUCCUUUGGCCUCGUAAAAAUAUCUGUCUUUUGAAAUACCAACCACCUAUUUUUUUUUCCAGAAAAUGAUUAAAUACUCAGGAAUCUGGAGAUAGGAUAUUCUUAAAAUAGUGAACAUAAUUGCCACAAUGCACUUGCCCAUUUGUAUCUGCCUCUUGAUAUUGCAGCAGUAUAAAGUAUUAAAGAAGCACAAAAGAGCGAUCACCAGCUACAGACAAGCCUGUCUUAAAACAUACAGAGCCACUUCCAAAUCCAGUCUCUUUCCUUUGGCUUUUAACCCUUACAUUCAGUCUUAACUAGGCUUUCUCUUAAACAAUUUAUUCAUUCCAGAAUGUCAGGGGUCCAUAUCCAUUUGUGGGUUUUUUUUAAACACACCUUCAAAGCUAAAUUUGUGAUGGCUGUUGACUUCUUUAUUUAAAAACAACGACAACAACCAACCAACAAACUGUUACCUUAGAGUCUGUGGGCAUCAUAAAAAAGGAAAGGCAUUUAAUAUUGACAAUGAGCUAUAUGCUCUUAUGGGAAAUGAAGUUUACGCAUGUCAGCAAGACUUAGAAACCAUGACCCCAGGCCUUCUAAAUGUACCAGAUUACAGCACAUCCUAUCAAUGGUCAUGUUGGCUGGGGAAGAUAGGAGUUGCUGGCUAGGAACAAGGUGAGGCACCAGAUUGGGCAAAGUUACUCUGGGACAUGCAGGGACAAAAGGAUACUGAACCUUUCUGGUUUUGUGCAAAGUAUUGGGUCUCUGUGUCUGUCAUGGAUCAGAAACCAAAGAAUUACCCAGCUAGGUCCAAAGGACCAGUAGUUUGGCAUUAGGUUUCUUGAGACAUAGUCCACCCUGCACAGCAAACUGGUUCUGAAAUUAAGGGAAGUUGUUUCAGAAUUUGUUAUUUGACAAUGAUAGCCGUAGUGCUUCAAAGGAAUAGCAAGGUCAACAUCCCAUGAGAACGAAGGCUGUAGUCCAGGAUAGGUAUGCAUCUUUUUCACUCCAGCACCUGGAGCCAUACCAAAGUGGGUAAAAAUGCCCCCCCUCCAAAAGACAAAGAAGUGCAUGGAUGGCCAUGCCUAUUCUUCAUAUGUGGGUUUGAUCUCCUUACAUCACAAGCCACAAUUUUAUAUAUUAUAUAUACUGUAUAUAUAAUUGUGGCUUGUGAUGUAAGGAUAUAUUUCAUUGGCAGGCCAAGGGUGUUCUUGGAUGCCUGAACAGGUUGCAAAAAUGUCCCUGGGGCACCAAGGGCAGACUGUGAGCUGCACCAGGUCCAUCCUUGCAGGAAAGGUGUUGACAGUGGAAACUCCAUUUAAUCUUCUACAGAAAUUUUGGAAGAUAUAAAAUCCUAGUGUUUAAGGUUUCCUGUAUUGCUGUUGUUAAUACAGUCAAUGUGAAGGAGCCUGUUGACCACAGUCAAUAUGUGACACUAUCUACGAAAAAGUCAUAGAAAAAGACGCAAAUAGCUGAGAUAAAUGAGAUAUCAAAGAGCUGAAAAGUUGUAAAGGAUUUAAAAUCUCAAACCCAUCCCUUCAACUCACAGAUUGCCAUUAAUAUACUGUAAUUGUAAUCUUUUAGGUCUCAUCCACACUAGCAUGUUUACUACACAGAAUGAAGUUUGACUGCUUUAUGUUACUUUGCCUACAAAAGGAAAAAAACAAAACAAAGCAGAGACAUCUAUUUCUUAAGCAUGAUAUAAAAUUAUAUCAAUAUUUGUAAAACAUUAUCAAUGUUGUGAUCAAAGAUGUUAAAGGAAAUAUGAAACCGUACUCAUUUCAUUGCUAACAUAGAACUGGGUUAACUACACAUCUAAUUUCUAAUUAGUCUGACGUGGGUGGUGAUAAAAUACAGCUUCCCCAGAUUAAUACUCUUUGUCUUAAUAAUAAUAAUAACAUAAUGGUCCAAAUCAGUACUUGGUGGAUGCCAGAGCUUGAUGCAGAAAUUUGAACCUGAUCAGUUUUCUGCAGCAGGAACAUCUAGCUUAAGGUCUAUUAUAUGGAUUACGUACGUACGUACGUACGUACGUACGUACAUACGUACGUACAUACAUACAUACAUACAUACAUACAUACAUAGUCAUGACCAUCAAUAAUUGUAAGGAUUUUAGGUUGCUAUAUACUGUAGAAAUAUGGUGAUUUGUUCACUUAAGCUUUUGAUGAAUUAAAGCCAACUUUGCACAUGCACUUCACAGUGAGGGAACCCCAUUACACUAAAUCCAUGUAGUGGUCACUUUAGCGUCACAGUACUUGUGUGCAAUAUACUUUACAUCAGCACAAACUGUCAAUGGGAUUUUUUACAUGGUAGCAGUGACAACCAUGUGCAAUAGUGAUACAGAGUACGUCCACACAAGUGUAUUUGUGUGCAGUGUGGAAUUAUGUUAAGGAAUCUGCUUUAUAAUUCAAUAUGUCCAUCAAUAAUGAAGGAAAAGGACUAUAUUUACUGAGAGAAAAUAGUGACAGGGUUAAACAUUUUGUGCACCCAGUGUGAUGGCAAAGAUGAUAAACCAGCACAUGAUUACAGUAAUAUGAGGCAUGAUCUAGUUGUUCCUGAUAUUGUGGCCUGCAACCCACAUCCUUAUAUGUCCAGAAACUUUUCACUACUUUUUAUGGCAGACAGGAUUUGUUUUGGCUUCCAUCAGGCAGUAUGUCUGGCUUGCACACAAUACACUUUACCUGUAGAUGAAACACACCUUUUGGUUUUUCACUUCCUUGACUUCAGCAGCUUCAGAAUUGUACAGUAAAAUCUGUGCAGAAUGCUAUCAUGCUAUCAAACAACCUUCAAGAGGUUUUUUUUUUUUUUUUAAAGAGGGGCAAAUAAUGGCAAUAAUGCCCUGGUACUAACUACUGCUGGAGACAUCUAGGGAGUUUUUGCAGUGUUAAAUCACACAAUUUAAAUCACACAAAUAAAUGAGGACUGCUGAAUCUGCAAGAGUAAAUAGAGCAACAGCAAUCUGUAGCUAUGUUAGAAUAAAUAUCUGCACUUAUUAAACUUUGGCAGCCAUUUCGUAAUUUGGAUACAAUGACUUAUCUUUACUAUUUUUGAAUAGUGUUCCCAUGUCUACAUCUAAAGCAAUAAAACUGGUUUAGGCACUUGUUGUCAUUAGCUGGUGAGCGCCCUCUUUAUCUAGUCAAGGUACUGAAGGAAAGUCCUUUGUAACUAAGAUUGCUUGGGAAUUUGAACUGAUCUAAUACAUAUAGCAUAGAGCAAGGGUACCCAUUCUUUCCUUAAGAAUAACUAUUUAUUAAUUUCUCACACAUUUCUCCUGCUAUAAAUCUCUCUCAGUUCUAGAACUAAUUUCUUUUCUUUCCAUUUCUUCUUGGGUUUUGUUGUUGUUAUUGCUUCAUAUGGUAGAAUGCUGUAUUGCUUGCAUUGUAUUUUGUGUAAUUAUUUUUGCACAAACGCAAACAUUUAGUUUAGUGGAUUAAUUUCUUUUUAUAAAUUUUAUGACCAUGCCAAAAUAAUAUUCUGCAGGCUGGCGGAGAACAAAGGACUGUUCUUUAUGGCUGAAACUUGAUUUUGCUUGUAGUACAAAAACACACCCUCACAGAUGUUGUUUCGUAAGUGUUAUAAGCACUGGAUAUAAAUGGUAUUUUUUAUCACUUCUAACUAAUGUGAAACUGUUGUACAAAAACGACACGAACAAAAGUCAUCUGUUUCGACUCGUGUGGGCCUGCCUCACAGUUGCCGGAUUUGAGUCAUUUUUAUGUCUUGUUAUUUCAUUUAUUUAUGCAAGAUUCGUAUAUGUAUGAACACUUUGUUUUAGCUCCAGCCCAGCAUCUGUGUUGAUGCUCUGUAACUUAAAGGUGCAUUUUGAACAUCAGUUGACUCUUCAUGAGUCAGCAGAUGGUAGAAUGCUAUGUUAGACAGGAGGGAUGAAAACAUAUUUGAAUCUAAAAAGGGGCAGAAGGAGAUUAUUGUAUUUAUUAGCCAAUAUUGGCUCUAAAGUGUCAGUGGAAACCGAGGAAGGACAAUCGCUUGGAAACAAAAACAUUCUGUUGUUUUUUUCUUUCCUUUCCUUUUCUUAUUUCUUUCUCUCUUUUUUUCUUCCUUUGCAUUCUUAAUUGGAGCUCAAAACAAGGUUUUUGAUUAAUCACCAUCUCAUUGUAGUUUUUUUU